AUGGUACUCCCUGAGAUGUCAUCGCCGCAGGGCAGGAGUGCCUCUGUGCCUGAUCAAUCUACCUCGGGCGGGGUCUUUCCCUUCGAGCCUUCCAAUUCACAGGGAGCAAGCAGCAGUCAGCAGUCCAACGACAAUCCUCAACCAACAUCUGCUCACGCUGGAGCACAGGCGAGCGGGUCCCACAAGAACGACGGCAAUCAAUCCAAAUCUGUGCUUGGUGAUACCUGGGACGGCCUCAUCAUUGAAAAGCCCACCUCCUUCUCCCUAUCCGAAAUCGUCGACCUGAGGCCUAUGCAUUAUUCCGACCACCUCUACGCUUACACUAGGGCAAAUGGGAGGUCUGGCUUCAUCAUGGACAGCUUACUCGAGGACUUUCUCAUGGAGAAAGGUUUUAUAAGCGCGUCCAAGCCCGAGCCAAAUGCCGAAGGGAAGAAGUCGAAGGAGAAGGGAAAGGGAAAGGUCAAGAAACAAGACGGUCCACGGGCAACAACAGCCCAAGACGUCGCCGCCGCUACGGGCAGCGCCAAAGCAUCCGACACUGAGGCAGAGACCGCAUUCGCCAGCCAGACGUUCGAAAAGGUCUGCGACGACCUCCAAACCUUCAUUGAACUCCUCGACACCAGCCGCUACGACGAAGAUGGAAAGCAUCAGACCAAGGUCUGCAUCGACGCUAUCAAGGCCGUGUCCGAGAGGGCUAAAGAGCUAGGAAAACAACCCCUUAAAGCCCGUGUGGCAGCACCGUCUGCUGUCGAUCCCGAGACCCACUGCGCCGUGCCCCGUCCGCCCCCUUGGAAGGGAGAGCUCUGCGGAAGACAACUGCCGUGCGUGGCGCAUUCGAACAGGGAAUAUAUCCCAGACAACCCACAGCUUGAUACAUCCGCGGCCAAUGUUCACAAGGAAGCUGGUAUUAUUGAGGCUGCGGUGCAGGAAGAGAAACCCCAGGGAACACCGAAACGGCUGAGUAUCAGGGGUAAGAAGGCUGCCAGUGAGAAUGUCAGCAACGGCGGGCAGAAGAGACUGACCUAUUCCCAAGCGGCGAGGGCGGCGGCGAGGUACUAUGCGACUACCAGUGCGUAUGGGCGGCCAUUGGAGAAUUCAACGGAGGGUGUUGACGGCGUUGGUGUCUCAGAGAAAGAGCCUGGCCCGGGUCACCCAUCUUCACACGGAGAAGACAUCUAG